UACGACAUCAGUGUCCCAUUUCUUUGAAGAAAAAAAUAUUAUACAUCUAGCUGUUUGUUCUCUGCUCAAAAACAACCUUAAAGAUCUCUACAUUAAUGGCCGCACCUUGUGUUUUUUUCACUUACAGAAUCUGAAUUCAGAAAAAGGAUUGCUUUGCUAUUUUUUGGUGACCGCUUGUCUCUUUCUCUUCAAUUUAGACCAAGCAAAGAUGGAAAAUGAAGAUCAUACAUGGAUGUAUAAUAGAACUUAUCGUAACCGUGUGGGGUUGAGAGAGGAAUAUAAAGAUGGGGUAGCUGAAUUUAUUUCUAAAGCAAUGACACGUAAUGCUUUUCUUACUGGAGGGACAAUUAGGUGUCCUUGUUGGAAAUGCAAGUGUUGCAAGUUAUUGAGUCCAGAUGUUGUUACAUUACAGCUUGUUACAUUACAUCUUUAUAAGAAUGGUUUUAUGUUGAAUUGUACUGUAUGGAUAGCUCAUGGAGAGAGUAGAGCUAUUAAUAAUUUUGCUUUUCAGAAUUAUAUUGAAAGUCCAAUAAGAGAGAAUAAUGUUGAAAGUUCACGAUAUAGUGAGAUGGUUAGGGAUUCUUUUGGGACACAUUCAAGGGCUCAAAAUGAACCAAAUGAUGAGGCUAAGCACUUUUAUGAAUAGUUAAAGAAAGCUGGUCAUCCACUGUAUGAAGGAUCAGUGUAUUCGAAGUUAUUUGUCGUCGUUCGGUUACUAAGUAUUAAGUCAGAUUAUUCUAUUUCUCAAGAGGGCAUGAA